UUUUCAUUCCAACGUAAAAUUUGUGUGUUGAGUUUUUGUGAAAGUUUAAACCCGUUCCUACGAGUUUUCGUUUUGAAUUACGACUUUCUUUUUCUAAACUUAGUUUUCCAAAACGCUCCGCUGAAUAGGGAGAAAAGUUGCUGAAUUAAAUCUUUGUGGCCUCGAACAUACAUUCGCUUCGCAAAGAUGAAGGCCACGGGUCGACGAUGUACAAAGAAUGUGGUGUGAUAAUUUAAUUUGUUUCUCGGUCGCCUUUUUGGAUGGAAGCACGGUUAGAAUAGCUCGUGUUUUUCCGCACGCACAUCACCACGCUGGUGUGUGUACGCGACAUGUCGCACAGUCCACCCAACUACAUGGACGGUGUUCCGGUAAAAAUAUCCGAGCGAUUUAAACCUCCGCCAAAGAUAGUGCUACCGCAGGGGGUUGUGAAUCGCUUGAACCAAUACGAUGUGGGACAGGUAAUGCAUGACUCAUGUUACGAUGGCGAACUGGAAGACACGGUACUUAAACGCAUAACGGAAUGGAAAGCGGUGAAAGAACGCGAUCGUUACGAACGGAAGGUCCGUUUACAGGCCAAGGAACAGGAACGGAUGCGGGUGAUCGAGCAGGAACAGAAGCGAAAGCUAAAUCAAAUAUCAUACCCGAACACGGACGAACUGUCCAGUGCUAGCGACGAUAAUGACCCGGAUGGCGACGGGCACACUAGAGCGCCUAGAGCGACCAACGGGUCCGACGAUGAUUACGAGGAAGAGAACGAUGAAUCUGCCCCGUCCGGCUCGUCGGAUGAGCGCACCAACGCGAAACCGUUCGAUCAUAUGAGCCAGCUAAGCUCGAUACUGGUACCGACUGUGAUACGGGACACAGUACCCAGUGCUGUGGACGCACCAGCUUCUUACCCAAAUGUGCUCGUUAAAGCAACUAUCAUUCCAAAGACGGCGCAAUCCGAUAAGGCGAUGCCGGCGAAUUCUACAUUUGGGAGCAACAACAAUAAUAAUAACAAUAAUUAUAAUAAAAUCAAUUACUCGGACUUUGAAAACGAUACUUCGAGUCCGUUCGAUAACAUGGAGUUGCGUACGAUCAACGAUUUGGAUAUUUUGGCACAAGUGUUAAAGCAAAACACUACCCUCACUAGUCCAGUGAAUGAGGUCGAAAAGCAGGAAGAAUCGCACGAAACAAAGCAACAGAUACAAUCGGUGCUGCCAUCUUCGGCUGUAAAUACAGCAGAACAGCGGCAACAACAGGAGCAGCCACAACAACCGUCGCUUCACAACCCGUCUCCGAUAACAGCUAAUCCUUACAACAGUACAGCAUACAGCACGAAUCAACAGUAUGCGAUGUAUCCGGCACAGUAUCAGCAACCGACUCAAACAACAGUUGCCACGUCCGGUGUAAACGAGUAUCUUCCGUCACCUUACAACGCGUACCAAGCGUACAGUAAUUAUGGCACGCAGUACGAAACCACACCAUUAGCCGCUUCUUGCUAUUCGCCUGCAAAUACUGUUGAAAGUCGCUAUGCGAUCACGAAUUAUGCCAACUCAACGUACCACGUUUCGCCGGUUAGCCAAAAUCAUCAAAGCUCCUAUUCACCAGUCGUCACUAACUAUGGUUACGGGUAUCAGCAGCAACAGCAGCAAUCAUACGUUACUGCACCGUCCACUUCGAUGGCGAGCGGUACUGGUACCUCUACCUAUGCCCCGAAUUAUGGUUACAGCAAUGCCAUAACAGCUCACAAGGAAGCUGGUGGGUACUAUACCAAUUAUCAGUCCGUUUCUUCGUCGGGUGGUGUGGCAGCAUAUCCUUCCAUCUAUACAACUGCUACCGGAACGUCCGAAGCAGGAACGGCAGACACCCAGACGGGACUGCGAUCGAAAUCUAGAAGCGUGCCGGAUAUUAUGCGACAGUUGGACGAUGAGGUACAAGAUUCGGCGACGCGACGAACACGAAACAAUAGUCAAACCAUUGCCGAUCGUCAAACGGAAACGGAACAAUAUGCUGUAUCUAAUAACACCGCCGAAAGGAGUACCAUCGAUUACACUAUUUACAAUCAACUAACACAGACGGAUCAAAACAUAGUGAAACGGAUCAGUUCUAUGGGAUUCCCACUCGAACGGGUGGUGUGGGUUUUAAAGCGCAUUGGAAACGAUGACAAAAAGAUCAUCGAACAUCUUAUUCCGCUGAGUGAGCUGCUUGAUCUUGGCUUCGAGGGAGAGAAAAUCUCAGACGCACUACUGAAGUUUGGCAACAAUAAGCAUAAAGCGCUUGAUUAUUUGAUUUCGUAGAAUCGGGGUUUUUUUUUGCUGUUGCCCUGUACGUACAGCGGCUUGUACGGUUUGUGGGCUGUUAGGCAGUGGAUGUGUGCAUGUGAGCAGUUCGACUUUGUGGAAGGGAGGACUUGGAAAAGGAAUAAAGUUGUGCCGAAUGUACUGAAUGGAUAGCGCAGUAUAGGAAA